CAUUUCCCAUCUUUGCAUAUGAAAAACACGGUGUCGGAAUUUGUUUGCAAGCACAUAUUUCAUAAAAAGUUAUUAAUAUUAAAUAAUAUAGAAAACACAUGUGAUUUUAUUGUAUAUAUUAUUUAGUGUAAUUUGUUCCUUUAUUGAUAUUUUAUUUUAAACCUAAUGAUAAUAACAGACGGAACAACGCAUAAUGGAACAUGAAUUAAAAAAUAGUUCCGGAGACGGUGACGAGCAAGAAACAAUGGAUACAGAAUUAAGUUCUGAACGAAGAUCUGUUUCGCCUUUAAAUGAGAAAAAUCUAUCAAAAUCAAUUGACGAUGAGCUUUGCAAUAAAUCAAGGCCCGAAUCACCAAUAAAUUCUCGAGAAAAUUCAAAAGAAAGAUCACCAUCCGUUGAACCGAAUAAUUUAAAUGGAAAUAAAUCACCAAAGUCAGACAGUGAUUCUGAAUCUAAACGAAAGUCCCGUUCAAGAAGUAGAGAAAGAUCCAAAUCCGGAUCACCAGUGUCAGAGAGAAGCGUUGGUUCAAGAGCAUCAUCAAAUGGACGAAGUCCAUCUAAUGCAAGUUCCACUUCAAAGCAUUCGCCAGCACGAUCUCAAUCACCCCAUUCACCUAAAUCACAAUCACGAUCCAAGUCUCGAUCUAAAUCACGAUCAAGAUCAAAAUCUAAGUCCCGUUCCAAAUCCCGAUCUAGAUCAUUAUCAAAAUCCAAGUCCAAAUCGCGUUCUAAAUCAAGAUCCAAGUCAAAGUCUAGAUCAAGAUCAAAAUCGAGGUCAAAAUCUAGAUCACAAUCAAGAUCAGUGUCAAGAUCUAAAUCGAGAUCGAGAUCUAAAUCAAGAUCAAAGUCCAGAUCAAGAUCAAAGUCACAAUCAGUUAGAGUGUCGCGUUCAAGAUCUCCUUCGCAGAGAAAAUCGAAAUCACGAUCACGCGAAAGAUCCGUGUCAUCACAAAAACGAUCUCAAUCACGUUCUGUCUCGCGUAACAGAUCACUAUCUAAAUCGCCAUUAAGAAAUAAAUCCCAUUCUAAAUCACCCUCGCGAAAUAAAUCCAAAUCACCUUCACGUAAUUCACGUUCCCACUCGAGAUCACAAUCACGAAAAAGAUCAUUGUCCGGAUCACCAGGAAAAAGAUCAAGAUCAAAUUCCCCUAAAUCAAGAUCAGUGUCAAGAUCGCGUUCUCGUUCUGUCUCACGAUCGCGAUCAAGGUCCGGAUCAAGAAAGUCACGAUCCGGAUCGAGAAGAUCAAGGUCUGGUUCAAGAAAAUCAAGAUCCGGAUCAAGAAAAUCAAGAUCAGGAUCCAGACAGUCAAGAUCCGGUUCAAGAAAGUCAAGAUCAGGAUCCAGAAAAUCAAGAUCCGGUUCAAGAAAGUCAAGGUCGGGAUCCAGAAAAUCAAGAUCUGGCUCAAGAAAGUCAAGGUCGGGAUCCAGAAAAUCAAGAUCCGGUUCAAGAAAGUCAAGAUCAGGAUCCAGAAAAUCAAGAUCUGGUUCAAGAAAGUCAAGAUCAGGAUCCAGAAAAUCAAGAUCCGGUUCAAGAAGAUCAAGAUCCGGUUCGAGGAGAUCAGGGUCCGGAUCGAGAUCAAGAUCUGGAUCAAGAAGAUCAAGAUCUGGUUCAAGAUCGAGGUCCAGGUCAGGGUCUAGAAAAUCAGGAUCAAGAUCAAGGUCGGGAUCGAGAAAUUCACGAUCAAGAUCGAGAUCUGGAUCAAGAAAAUCAGGAUCAAGGUCUAGAUCUGGUUCGAGAAAAUCUAGAUCAAGAUCAAGAUCCAGAUCACGAUCAGGUUCAAGAAAGUCAAGAUCUAGAUCGAGAUCGAGAUCAAGGUCAAGAUCACCAUCGCCAUCAACUUCAAAAGUAGGCGCAAAAUCGAGAUCACGUUCAACAUCUUCCUCAAGAAUAUCAAGGAAACGUAAUCGUGAUUCAAGUGAUCAUAGAGAAGGACGAUUAUUAUCUGAUUCGGAAGAUGAAAAUACAUACAGUAAAGCAAAAAGAGUUCAUCAAUUAUCGGAUUCAGAUACUGAGCAACCUGAUAAAAGUUUAACUAACAAUGUUAUUGAUGAAGAUAAUGAGGGUGAGAAAAAUGAAUUAAAUGAAACACCAGCUCAAAAAUUAGACGAUUCUGAUGAUGAUGAUGAUGCACCAAGACCAGGGGAAUCUGAUGAUUUUAUAUCAGAUUUUGAUCGUAUGUUGGCACGUAAAAAAGAAGAGCAAUCACGCCGUAGAAAACGUAAGGAUAUUGAUAUUAUUAAUGACAAUGAUGAUAUAAUCGCACAAUUAUUACAAGAUAUGAAAAAUGCAUCAGAGGAGGAUAGAAAAUUAAAUCAACUUGCUAAACCGGCGACAAAUAAAAUAGCAAUGCUUCCUAAAGUUUUGUCACAAUUAAAAAAACAUGAUUUACAAUUAGCAUUUUUGGAACACAAUGUUUUGACUGUUUUAACGGAUUGGCUGGCACCAAUGCCGGAUCGAUCAUUACCUUCAUUGAGAAUUAGAGAAAGUCUUUUAAAAUUACUUUGUGAGUUUCCAAAAAUCGAUCAGUCUUCUUUAAAACAAUCGGGAAUUGGAAAAGCAGUUAUGUAUUUAUAUAAGCAUCCUAAGGAAACAAAGGAAAAUAAAGAGCGCGCUGGUAAAUUAAUUAAUGAAUGGGCCAGGCCAAUAUUUAAUUUAUCGGCAGAUUUUAAAGCAUUAUCAAAAGAGGAAAGAAUGCAACGUGAUUUAGAGCAAACGCCACAGAAAAAAAGAAAAGUGGACGCUGAUGGUUCAUCACAAAAGUCUCAGGACAUUAAUAAAGCAUUCAAAGGAGAUUCAAAACCUCUACGACCUGGAGAUCCUGGAUGGGUAAGCAGAGCUAGAGUUCCAACUCCAUCAAAUAAAGAUUACGUAGUACGACCUGAUUGGAAAUCAGAUAUCGAUAUUAGCAGAAAUACGAAAAAACAAAUGAAUCGAUUUGAGAAGCACAUGAAAAAUUAUGUCGAUAACAAGAGAUUGAAAUCUACAAGACGAGCUGUGACUAUCUCAAUAGAAGGACGUAAAAUGGCGCUUUAAUUUAUAAAAACAAAAUUUAUUAUAAAUAUUUUCAGUUUUGUUUAUUUUGCUCGUAUAGAGAAAAAUUGCAAAACAAUUUAGUUGCAAAUGUUGUAUGUUGUAUGGAAUUUUCUUCAAUAAAUAUAUUCACGAUUUUUUUAAUCUAUAA